AGCAUUGAAAGUAGAAGGAUCAAUAGGAUGCUAGCUGUGUUGCGGCCAACACUCAUACCGCUAAUGCCAGGCUUGCCCACAGGCUUACCACGUCUAGGAGGGGAGCGUAGAAGACGACUAUACGUUGAAGCUAAGAAGGGAGCUAACCGUGGCAAAUCCGUCGCAAAAGAGAACUUACCUAACAAAAUCUGCGCAACAUGUGGUCUGCCUUUCACAUGGCGGAAAAAGUGGAAGGACGUGUGGGAAGAAGUAAGGUACUGUAGCGAAAGAUGCAGGGGAAACCGUGGGAAACGUACGGAUGUGGGCAACACAGAGGCCCCAGCUAGCGAGUAGCGAUUGCACCCGGGGAGUUUGCGGCCUGCAAACGGGAGAAUUUGCAAUUAGCUUGGAUCAGGCGUUUACCAGCCGACUAGCGUUGCUGUGUGGAAAUGGGUUUCCUGGUGAUAAUGUAGGCUCCUUGCGACUCGGACUCGGGGUAAAGCGCACAGCAGUACGUACACAGCGGACGUUCCCUCGGCCAUCGCGCUGUAUAUGAGGUGAGCAGGUUGGCCGCCUGCAAUGCGCUGCUGGCGGAAGGAUGGGAGGAGGCGUCCGCUGUUGAACGCAUGGGUGCGAUCAGCGGGUCUGGGGUCGGUGACCGUGCGAGGUACCGGUAGGCGAGCAAGAGGCGGAGGAGCGUUGCAGUUUUGGGUCCGCUUAUCUAGGUUGUUAGGUGGGGCCAUGGCUCCACGGAGGUUGCUGCACGCACGGAUGAGUGGGGUUACACAGGGUUUCAAAGCCACCGCCGUGUAACUGGCCUGUGG